AAUGGCGCGCGGCCCGGCCAGCGGCGGCUCGGAGCGGAGCGGUUGCGAGGGCGCGGAGGGGCCGGAGCGGCGGCGGCGGGGCAUGGACCGCGUGAGCAGCUCCAUGAAGCAGGUGGGCAACCCGCUGCCCAAGGUGCUCGGCCGGCGGGCGGCCGGCGGCGGCCUGGAGGCGGAGCGGGAGAGCUUCGAGCGCGCCCAGACUGUCAGCAUCAAUAAGGCUAUUAAUACACAGGAAGUGGCUGUCAAGGAGAAACACGCCAGAAAUAUCCUUCCGAGAGUUGGCCACAGGACAAGCAAGCGUGGGAGCUGGCUGGGGCCGCUUGGAAAAGGGCCCGCAGCGAGGCAGCACGUGGUGGGGGUGCCGGGCUGGCUGCUGGGGUGCUUGGGGGGGGGGCUGGAUGAGACCCCCAGGGGCUCUCCCUGCUGGCUAGGGCUUCCUGGCAUGGCACCAGCAAUCCGUCCGUUUAGUCCAGGCCAUCUCAUGGGAGCGGUGAUGGGAGGGAUGGAGGGGCAGAUGGUGCUGGGUCAAAGGUGCUUCGUCUCCAAAGGUGCACUGUCACUAAAAGCUGACCUCUGGCAUCGCAGCAGGGUCAGCGGAGGGACCUGCCCACCUGACUCUGAGCGUGCUGUGGCAUUCCUGGGGCAGCGGCGUGGAGGGUGCCUGGGCAGCGUUGCCUGGGCUUGGCAGGCUGUCACUGGUGGCUCAGCUCCCCUCGGCUCUGCGGGUGCUGGUUGGGAGAGGACAGCGUGUCCCUCGUGCACAGCAGCCCUGCUUGCCCCACACUUGGCACCAACACUCUGCUGCCCAGCUUUGUGGGGUUCAUUCUCCUGUCCCCUCAAAUUCACAGGGAUGUGCACAGAUGCUCUGCAGGACCCCAAGUUUUAUGCCAAUGGGGUUGCAGGGUUGGGGGCGGUUUCGAAGCAGCCAGCCAAGCUGUGGGGCAACUUCCAUCCCCAUUUCCUUGACCGGCCUCCACCAUGCAUCCUGGGCACGCACCACGAAAAGGGGGCACAGACCUUCUGGUCAGUGGUGAACCGGCUGCCGCUCUCAGGCAACGCCGUGCUCUGCUGGAAGUUCUGCCACGUCUUCCACAAGCUCCUCCGCGACGGCCAUUCGAAUGUCCUGAAGGAUUCUGUGAGGUACAAGAACGAGCUGAGUGACAUGAGCAGGAUGUGGGGCCACCUGAGCGAGGGCUAUGGACAGCUGUGCAGCAUCUACCUCAAACUGCUGAGAACCAAGAUGGAGUUUCACACAAAGAACCCACGGUUUCCCGGCAAUCUCCAGAUGUCCGACCGGCAGCUCGACGAGGCAGGAGAGAGCGACGUCAAUAACUUCUUCCAGCUGACGGUGGAGAUGUUUGACUACCUGGAGUGUGAGCUGAACCUAUUCCAGACAGUGUUCAGCUCCCUGGACAUGUCGCGCUCUGUGUCGGUCACGGCUGCGGGGCAGUGCCGCCUCGCCCCGCUCAUCCAGGUGAUCCUGGACUGCAGCCACCUCUACGACUACACGGUCAAGCUGCUCUUCAAGCUCCACUCCUGUCUGCCAGCCGACACACUGCAGGGCCACCGGGACCGCUUCUUGGAGCAGUUCAGAAAGCUGAAGGACCUCUUCUAUCGCUCCAGUAACCUGCAGUACUUCAAACGACUAAUUCAGAUCCCACAGCUCCCGGAGAACCCUCCCAAUUUCCUGCGAGCCUCAGCACUGUCAGAGCACAUCAGCCCUGUGGUGGUCAUCCCCGCUGAGGCAUCCUCGCCCGACAGUGAGCCCAUCACAGACCUGGUGGAAAUGGAAACAGCGUCACAGAGUCUGUUUGACAACAAGUUUGAUGACAUCUUUGGCAGCUCAUUCAGCAGCGACCCCUUCAACUUCAACAGUCAGAAUGGGAUGAACAAGGACGACAAGGACCGGUUAAUAGAGCAGCUCUACAGGGAGAUCAGGGCCCUGAAGGAGGAGCUGGAGAGCUUCAAGGCUGAGAAUGAGCGUCGCACCCUGCAGCUGCGCGGGCGCAUCAGCGAGCUGGAGGCUGAGCUGGCUGAGCAGCGGCACCUGAAGCAGCAGGCGCUGGACGAGAGCGAGUUCCUGCGCACUGAGCUGGAGGAGCUGAAGAAGCAGCGGGAGGACACGGAGAAAGCGCAGAGGAGCCUGACAGAGAUCGAACGGAGGGCACAGGCGAACGAGCAGCGAUACAGCAAGCUGAAGGAGAAGUACAGCGAGCUGGUGCAGAACCACGCUGACCUGCUGCGGAAGAAUGCGGAGGUGACCAAGCAGGUGACAGUGGCGAGACAGGCCCAGGGCGAUGUGGAGAGGGAGAAGAAGGAGCUGGAGGACUCCUUCCAGCGGGUGAGCGAGCAGGCUCAGAGGAAGUCUCAGGAGCAAGCCGAGGUGCUGGAAACGCUGAAGCAGGAGCUGGCGGCCAGCAAGCAGGAGCUGCAGGUCCUGCAGAGCACGCUGGAGUCCAGCACACAGGUAGGAGCAGAGCAGAGUACCCGGAUAGCAGACCUGGAGCAGGAGAGAGACAGCCUGAGCCGGGCGGCAGAGCGGCAUGGUGAGGAGAUGGCAGCCCUGCGGGCUGAGCUGCAGCAGCUUCAGGACACACUCAGCAGUGAAAAGGAGAGCAGCAAGAAGGAGCUGGAGACACUGCAGACACAGCUGCAAGACAAGGAGAGCAUGGAGCGGACACUGCAGCAGCGCCUCACCGAGGAGCAGUUUGCUCUGCUGCAGGGCAGCGCACGGGAGGCAGAGAGGAUGGUGCAGGAUGCCCUCAGUCGCCUCGAGGACCCCGCUCACAUCAGCUGCACUGGCUCAGCGGAUUACCUCCUGUCCAGGACAUUGACAGCCUCUGAGUGCACAGAGAGGCUGCAGGAUGCGCACAGAAAAUACCUUUCCAAUCGUACAGAUGUGAGCAGCCUGCUGCCCUGCGUGGCCCUCUUUGCCCACCUCAUCAGCGACACGAUCCUGCAAGGCAGCGCUACCUCCCACAUGGCCCCGAUGGAGCCCGCUGACCGUCUGCUGGAGAUGUGCAAGCAGUGCGGCAGCGAGGCCAUGAGCUACCUCAGCUCCCUGCAAGACCUGGAUAGCGUGGAGGGCGCCGACUGCACCCCGGUGACCAGCUGCCUCAGCCGGAUCAGUGCCAUUGGGGAGGAGCUGCGACCCAGAGGACUGGACGUGGAGCAGGAGGAGCUGGGUGAUCUGGUGGACAAGGAGAUGGCAGCUACGUCAGCGGCCAUCGAGACUGCGGCCGCACGGAUCGAGGAGAUGCUGAGCAAGGCCCGGGCUGGUGACACAGGGGUCAAACUGGAAGUGAAUGAGAGGAUCCUGGGCUCCUGCACAGGCCUUAUGCAGGCAAUCCAGGUGCUGGUCCUGGCGUCCAAGGACCUGCAGCGAGAGAUUGUGGAGAGCGGACGGGGCGCAGCGUCACCCAAGGAGUUUUAUGCCAAGAAUUCCCGCUGGACAGAAGGCCUCAUCUCUGCCUCCAAGGCUGUGGGCUGGGGAGCAACUGUCAUGGUCGAUGCUGCUGACCUGGUGGUGCAAGGGAAAGGGAAAUUCGAGGAGCUGAUGGUCUGUUCCCAUGAGAUUGCAGCCAGCACCGCACAGCUGGUGGCAGCUUCCAAGGUGAAGGCAGACAAAGACAGCGCCAACCUGGCCAAGCUCCAGCAAGCUUCUCGGGGUGUCAACCAGGCCACAGCCGGCGUGGUGGCCUCCACCAAGUCUGGCAAGUCACAGAUUGAGGAGAAAGACAGCAUGGACUUCUCUAGCAUGACACUAACCCAGAUCAAGCGUCAAGAAAUGGACUCUCAGGUGCGAGUGUUGGAGCUGGAAAACCAGCUGCAGAAGGAGCGGCAGAAGCUGGGGGAGCUGCGCAAGAAGCAUUACGAGCUGGCAGGAGUGGCAGAGGGCUGGGAGGAGGAUGCCACCGACUAGAUGCUGCAGCAGAAGCAGCCAGCAGCAGACACCCCUUCGGUCGGCUGGGACCCAGCUUGGUGCAGCCCCUUCAGAAGAUACACAAUAAACUGGUGCAAAAUCCACCCCGAAGCACACGUCCUCUGCGUUCCCCAAGAGCCGCCUGCAGCGCUGGAGGACCGAGAGCCGCGUCGCUGCUGAGGGAGACCCUGGGGCCAGGAGCGAGGGCUCCCCAGCCGCCCAACCUCACGCCAGCUGCAAACUGCACAUGUAUUUAUUAGAGCUGCUUGGGGGGUCUCUGGGGUGGUCUCUAACCCUUUAGUUUCAUUUUUGCACAGAUUCUCUGAACUGUUUGACCCAGCUCUGGCGGACCAGGAGCAUUCGGGUUUCCUUCACCUCUUGCCGCUUCUCCAGCCUUAAUGUGUUAACUGGCUCAGCGCAAACACCUCCAGGGAAGGAGCCUGCCCGGUGCAAAGGGCCGCAGGGAUGCGGUGGGGUCAGGAACUGGCUCUGCUGGUGCUGCUGGGCUAUUUCGGGGCUUGGUGCUAGGCAUGCUCCCCCGGCCCCAGCCCCCUGGCCCGCUCAGCUGCUGGCAGCAGCCAGGGUGGUGGGUGAGUCCGUGUGGGAGCAGAGUGCCUUUGGCCGCCGUAAGGCCAGGGUCCCGUGCUGCUGCCGGGUCAGGGGCUCGUUCACACGAGGCAGCCUGGGUUGCUGAACCCUGGCAGUAAGAGCCGUUGCCUCCUCCAAGCCCCGCAGAGCUCACUGGGCCCAUUGGCAGCCAGGCCAGGUCCCAGCAGCAGUGCUGGGAGCAGCCAGCAAUGAGGAGGGCUUGGGCUGGCAGUGAGAGGAAGGUUGUGACGAGCUCCUGUCCCCGUGUUCCCAAAGUGCCCUGUCUGGAGCAGCGCUUGGAGCAGAGGAGCUGGGCUGGCUGGCCCUGUGCAGCGCUGCGCUGCCCUGAGAGAUCACUGUGUCAAUGCCAGCAAUAAACCACUCUACAAGGUGCUUGGCUCACAUUUGGGCAACAUCUGCUCCCAGGCCAGCAGCUCCCAGAGGCAUGGAGUGGCUCAAGGGCAGCAGCACGGAGGGGUCAGGGUGCAGCCAGGGUGCCCCAAAGCUGCAGCAAGCGGCCCUGGCGUGCCACUGUCCUCAGGGGCAGGGGCGGCCGUGGGGCUGGUGCUGAACAUCCCGCCCCAGCCAGGGAACCUUUGUGCCUUGGAGCAGGGGACUCGCAGGGCAGGGGGUGACCUCCGGCCCCCAGCCCUCCAGGCCCCCAGCUCGUCUCACUGUGGCGGGGACGGUGGGAUCAGACCAGCGCACAGCAGUGCACAGCCAUGUCCUCACCCCGCCUGGCCCCCCCUCCUUGCCAUCCCCAGGUUUGCUGGGAUGUGCCCACGGCCAAGUCGGGCGGGCACCUGUCUCCCUCCUGGGACUGGGGUGCCCUUCCCAGCAGGAGCGGACUGCGGCAGGGUGCUGUGGGGCAGCAUUUGGUCACUCUCCCUUUUAGGACGCGGUGGCAGUGGUUGGCACUGCCUGGCCAUGGAGGGCAGCGGGUGGCCUUGGCACCCAUCAUCACCCAGGGUGGCUGGGCUGUCACCAUCUGCGUUCCUGGUGACAUGCAUCAGCUGUGCCAGCCACUCGGAGCAGUGGGACCUGCCCGCGUCCCCCUGCCCAGCCACCCCAGCCAGCACCGUGGCCCUGGGGCUGCCCCAGACACGGGAAAGGGUGACAGCCACCGUGCCCCGUGCGGGCACCCUGUGGCCCUGUGGGUCCCGCCACGGCGAGCUGCUGCCAAACCGCCCCCUCCGCAUCCCCAGCCUGCCAGGGCCCCCAGAGAGCUCCCGGCCUCCUGGUCCCUCUGAAAGCAAUACGAGCCACCCCUCUGCUGCGGGGGCCCGGGGAGGCCCGGGUGCCCCUGAGCCCCCGCCGGCUUCUCAGGGGUCUCGCUGGCGCAGGCGACCACCAGCUGCUACCUCAGGUUUCCAGGCUGGGCCCGGCCGGGCCCCGGGGUGGCGGGAGGGGGACGGGGACGGGGGACGCGGCGCUGCUCUCGGUCACAAACACUUCUCCCUCCUCCUGGGCCGCGGCCAGCUCCGGGCCCGGGGCCGUCUGCGCGGCGGGGGCGGGCACGGCGCGGCUGUCCCGCGGGUUUUGGCAUCGUGCGACGCGUUUGUGCUCCCGGUUUUUAAAUAAAGCCUCCGGCCCUGCC